CUAAAUUGUCAUGGAUCUAACAUUUGUAUUGUGGUUGUUAAGUAAUACAUAUAAGAGAGUUCCACAAGUUACCAACAUAUAUUGAGAAUUGAUUCAGAUAAGGCUGGCUAUAUUUGUUCUGCAUGCCGACUUUCAUUCAUUGACAAAUGUUGACAUGAUUUUGCAAUUUAGCAAUCACUCAUCCUGUCCCUGUCUCUUCCAGAUGUCUGUUUGGUGGCAGGUUCUGUUUCUCCAGUUUUUCCUUACCCUGAGCUGUGUGUACCCAUGUUGUGCAUCCCAUCCAGGCCUACUCAAGUCCUACUCAUACUCCCUCAAAUCCAUCAGAUGCACCCACACUCGGGUACAGCAGCUGCUCAGGAGAUAUAAGGAGGAGCAGUUGGAUAACAAGCAGUUUGAGGACAGAAGUCUGGAGUGGCAGACCCUACCCUCCCUCUCCACAGACUUCUACCACUGGCUUCAGAUGAAGGACUGGGAGCGUCUGAGUGCUGCCUCUCGAGACCUGCACACCUUCUGGGCUCACCUGGACAUGAAGAGAAGGGAGAUAGAGAGGGAGGAGGUUGGACAGGGGGCAGCCCACAGGAUGGGGAGCAGGGGCAUGCCAAAACCCAGCAUACCUGAGAGAAUACAGCACAUUCUGACAGACCUGCGGGAUCUCAUGACAAAAGUCAACUUUCAGUUGAGAUGUGUGAACAGCUCCAAUGUAAUCCCCACAUCUCCCCCUGCCCUGACCCGUGCAGUGAGCACUCCCUCCAGCCACCAGGCCCCAUCAAAGUCCCUGUGGACCAGCCGCCUGGAGGGCUACGUCAUCCUCAGGGACCUGGAGCGCUACCUCACCAAGCUGGCCAGAGACUUCAUCCUCCUGAAGACCAAACACAGAGGUCCUCCAGGUACCUAGCCCAGGGGCAGAUAGAAUGGUAUGCAUGGAUUCAUAUUCAUAAUGCAAACUAGUACUGCACAAGCCUGUGACGGGUUGUGGUUAGAGUGGCUUUUAACUUAUUUUGUGGACUAGGGACAAUGUUGGAUGUGAGAAUUUACAAAUUGUACUAUUAUGAAUUAUAACACAACAGUAUUUUAUGUAGUCAAUGCACACAGUUUAUUUCAGAAGUAACAAGGCAGCUAAUAACACCAAUAAUAAUGAUAUUAGUAUUAUUCAUUAUGAUGAUAAUAAUCAGCGUUAUUAUAAGUUGAUAAUAAUGAUAUAUUUCAUUCAGUAUUACUAUGACAGAAAUACAGUACUGUGACUCAAUAUUGCCAAGUGAUGUCAAUACCUGCUGUUGUUAUUUCAACUGCAUUAAUGAUAAGGUUCAAUGAAUCAAUAAGGCCCGAGGGGGUGUGGUAUAUGGCCCUAUAUACCAAGGAUAAGGGCUGUU